CAAAGCCAUUCUCUUAAAAAUUCCUUGUUACAUUUCUCCAAGAGAAAAAAAAAAUGGAAAAACUUGUCCUUCCCCUAAUUUUACUUCUCAUUUUCUCUAUCUUUGUUGUUGAGGGUGCAGUUGUGUCUAAAUUUGUAGAAUCACAAUGCAAGCAUACUCGUUAUCCAGAUCUAUGUAUGAGUUCUCUUGCAACUCAUGUGAAUCCAACAUCACAAGAUCCUCAAGAAAUAGCUCAAGUUGCUUUGAAAGUGAGCCUAGUGAAGGCAGUAUACACAAAAAACUACCUGAAAACAGUGUCCAAAGAACUCAAACAAAACAAGGCUAAGGAAUAUCAAGCGGUGAAAGAUUGUUUAGAUCAAAUGUCAGAUAGCGUUUCUCAGCUCACAAAUUCAUUCAAAGAGUUCCAACACAUGAAGAGUGCAGAAAAUAGUGAAGGAGAUUUUGCUUGGUAUCAAAGCAAUGUUCAAACUUGGCUUAGUACAGUGUUGACAGACACAUAUAUUUGCAUGGAUGGGUUUAAUGGGUUCCCCAUGGGUGGUAAGACGAUGGCUAUGAUUAAAGCUAGGGUACUAAAUGUUGCUCAAGUUACUAGCAAUUCGUUAGCUUUGCUUAAUGGAUUUGCAGUUAGGCAUAGAGUUUCUCGUCACUCCAGCCCUGGCAAAAUUAACAAGCCCUAGUGAUCAGGACUUUGGAGAAGUCACUCAAAUCUUGAAUAUCUUUAUUUAAUUUUAUAUCUUAUAGAUAUUUUUUGUUAUGUAUGUCAAAAAUCGUAUGUAACUUCUACAAUAAAAUUCACGUCGAGAAAAUAAUAUUCAA